CUUCUGUCUUUCUCUCUCUCUCUCCUUUUCUCCGUUUUGUUUUAUUUGUUUACACUCCAGGUAUUAGUUAAUAUUGGCAACCAUUUUGAUCUUACUUCCAGUAUAUUUGUAGCACCAAGAAAAGGGAUAUAUAGUUUCAGUUUCCACGUGGUCAAGGUCUAUAACAGACAAACCAUCCAGGUAAGUUUAAUGCAAAACGGCUACCCAGUGAUUUCAGCUUUUGCAGGGGAUCAAGACGUCACCAGAGAAGCAGCCAGCAAUGGGGUCUUGCUCCUCAUGGAAAGAGAAGACAAAGUGCAUCUCAAACUGGAAAGGGGUAACCUCAUGGGAGGGUGGAAAUAUUCAACCUUUUCCGGCUUCUUAGUCUUUCCACUAUAAAAGAAGGCCAAAUAGGAGACAGAUCCAUGAGCCGGAGCAAGGAUUCAAUUGUUAAUGACACCUUGAACUUGGCAGCACAUGACAAUAUUUUCAGUCACCCCGUCAGACUGUCACAGUAGAAGAAUGAUAACCUUCUAAACUCCAACAUUUGCUUUGAAUAUUGACAAUUCCUUGGAACCUGCGCCUCUAAUUAGUUUUAGACGACAGUGAUCUGUAGGAGAAAUGAAAUUAUCGACCUGAGCAAUUUGUACCUGUGAUUGUAAAGUCAAUUUUGGAUUUUAUUGUUGGGAUCAUUGACUUUCUUAUUCUAUUUUUUCCUCUCUUUCAUUUUUUCCUGUUUUUCUUUCUCUUGCUGUUGUCCCAAUGAAACAAAUAACUCGGACCACAAAAUCACUUUGUCAAAGGCUCACUCCAGAGCCAGAAGAAUGGAGUGUUCAGCCCAAUGAGGUGUUCUUUCCAUGCUUUAUUUCUUUGUGUUGUAUAGCCUUAAGGAAAAAAAAAAAGAAAAAAAAAAAAAGAAAAGAAAAAAAAGGAGAAAAAAAAAAAAGAAUGGCUUCAGUCUCAGUCCUGUAUUUUUCUGGGGGAGGGGGAUUCUGGACAUUACUGUGUCAAGAAGUGCUUUAUCCAGUGAAGCAAAAUUUGCACGAUUGGAACCUUAUUUGUGUUGUUCGUGUUUUUCAUCAACGUUUUAUUUUUCCUGGUUUUUGUUUGUGUGUGCUAAAAAUGUAAGCUAGAUUGAUCAAUAAGACAAAACAAAGCACAUAUAUACCCUGUAGCUCUAAGUAAAGCUAACCAGUGAACAAUUCUGUCUGCACUUUCCAGCUGAUCUUUAUAGACCUAUUUAGAGAGAGAGAAAGAGGGAGAAAGAGCAAGAGAGCUACAUGAUCCUUCAAUUACAAUCUGGAAACCGGUAAAGGAACUGACAUUUCUGAAUUGUCCUGACAUUUCUAGAAGCAACAGUGGAGGCUUUGAAUAUCUUCUCUGACCAUACCCUAAAAUAUAUCCUUUCUUUUUAUUACCAUAUUUUGGGUGCUUUUAUCUGAUAUUUAUUUAUUUGUCCACUAAUUCUUGAGUACACAUUGUGGGAGCACAGAGACAUGGCAGAGCAAAUUCUUCCUCUUCCAAAUUAAAUAAAACCAUCUCCCACUUGAGCUGUCCGUGGCAAGUAUUGGAGGAGUAGACACAAGCGUCUUUGACAGCCUUGAGGAGAGGGGCCUAAGCGGGAGAGGGGCCUCAGAGGAUCAACAAAUGUUCCAGAAGCUGGCACAGGUGCCAUGCAUAUAUUCACUGCGAUUGCUCUUCCCAACACAAAUGGCCUCACAGUUCUAGGGGUGGACUGACAUCAAUAAUGAACAUUGGGAAAAUUAUUAUCUCAAAUCAACAAGAGGUAAAAUAUCAGGCCAAUGUCAAUUGUAUCCUUGUGCCUCGUUCUCAAUAAACAGAUCUUGUUUCUUCAGUUUUUUAAGUUUGUUUUUUUGGUUUGGUUGUUUUUUGGGGUUUUUUUUUAAGAGUAGCAUACUAGACAAUAUGGUGAAAAAAACCUUGUUUGAGGAGAUCCAAGAGGGAUGUUUAUUUAAUAGAAUUUUUAUCUUCAUCUAUUUAAUUUUAAAUGUUUUAUUUGCUAUUAAUCCCUUAAGGGUGGAUGUGCAUAAGAAUUUAUUUUUGUCAAAUUUACUCCUUUGCCACAAGCAAAUAUAAUGGAAAGGCAUUUGCAGGAAAGCGUAAAGGUGGUAACUACAUUGUAUUUCAAAAUUAUGGUGGACAUGUCUUUUUCAUUGUAAAUUUAUCAUUCAAGGGACAAAAUUAAAGUCAUAUAUUCUUAAAAAAAAACUUAUCUGUGUUGCUUAUAUACCUCAGAUGGCAAAAAUAUAAGCCAAUUUAAUAUUUAAUAUUUUUGUGCAUUUUCACCAUAGAUGUGGUUUGUUUGCUUCGCCGUUUCACUUUACCAGUUACUUAAUGAAUUGGUUUUCAGGUUGUUGUUUUUUUUUAAAUGGGUUGCAUUUUCUAGUUCCUCUUUGUGCUUUGGCAUGACUACAAUGUUUCUAGUUGCAAAAUAUCACAGGGCUAAGUUUAAGUAAAUGGAAUGAAACCUGAGUCAGCAGCAACCUUUUUCUAUUAAAAUAAAAUAAAUACA